AGUGCGUGUGUUUUUUAUAUACAAGUGCACACAUAAAAGGCCAGUGGAUUGAUGUUACGAAUUGUUAUCGAAGUGCAGAGCAGUGUGCGCCGCUUUAAAGCCAAUUCAAGUGGAGCGGCAGGCAUUUAAUCAACUCGCCCAAGAGACACAACAGCCCUCGCUCACUCGCUGGCACACACAUUCUUUUAAAAUUCCCAGUGAAAACAUAGCAAUAAAUUAACAACUAAUUCAAUUAACUGCUGGCAACGUCAACGAGCAGAGGCGCUAAGCAAGCCACGCUGCAGCCAGGACAUCUCACUGCUACUGCUACUGCCACGGCUGCUGCACUGCGGCAGGAUAUGCGUUGUGUGGCCUAGAGAGCUGCUGCGAAACAAAAGCACCAAAGACAAAUUCACACACACAGAGACGUACACGCACAUUCCGUCACUAUGAGUACUAACAGCACCAGCAGCAGCAGCGUUGCCGAAAGCGGUCCUGAUUUUGAUGCACUGCGUGCCGCUUGCAUAGCGCGCUUGAAUAGCAGCGGCCAACAGCUGGCAGCACCCUACUGUGCCGGCACCUUUGAUGGCUGGCUUUGUUGGCCCGACACGGCCGCUGGCACAUCCGCCCAAGAGCGUUGCCCGGAUUUCAUCACCGGCUUUGAUCCGGCAAGAUAUGCACACAAGGAAUGUGACCUGAAUGGCGAAUGGUUCAGGCAUCCAAUUAACAACAGAACCUGGUCGAACUACACUACCUGCGUUAAUCUGGAGGACAUGGCCUGGAAUCAUAAUGUCAGCUUGAUCUAUGAGGUUGGCUACGGCAUCUCCUUGCUGGCCAUAUUGCUCUCGUUGGCCAUAUUGAGCUAUUUCAAAUCACUGAAGUGUGCGCGCAUUACGCUGCACAUGAAUCUGUUCAGCUCGUUUGCGGCAAACAAUUCGCUGUGGCUCAUUUGGUACAUGGUUGUGAUAACCAACACGGAGCUAAUGCAGCACAGUCCGGGCUAUUGCGUUGCUUUGCACAUCAUUUUGCACUAUUUUCUGUUGACCAACUACUCGUGGAUGUUGUGCGAGGGCUUCUAUUUGCAUACUGUGCUGGUGGCUGCUUUUAUUUCGGAGAAAAAACUGGUUAAAUGGUUAAUAGCCUUUGGCUGGGGCUCGCCGGCGAUUGUCAUCAGCAUUUAUGCCAUGGCGCGCGGGCUUAGCGGCAGUCGAGAACAAAAUUUACACUGCUGGAUGAACGACACGGACUUUAACUACAUACUCAUAGUGCCCGUGUGCACUUCGAUAUUCCUCAACUUGCUGUUCCUCUGCAAUAUUGUGCGCGUGGUGCUGCUCAAGCUAAACGCUCCGGCCAGCAUACAGGGCAGCUGUGGUCCCUCGCGCACCGUCCUUCAGGCCUUUCGCGCCACGUUGCUGCUGGUGCCGCUGCUGGGUCUGCAGUACAUGCUCACACCGUUUCGUCCUGGCCACGAGCAUCCCUGGGAGAAUACAUACCAGGUCAUCUCCGCAUUUACCGCCUCAUUUCAAGGCUUGUGCGUGGCCACGCUGUUCUGCUUCUUCAAUGGCGAAGUUAUAGCGCAAGUGAAGCGCAAGUGGCGCACGCUCUGCUUCAGCAAUCGUCCACGUACCAACAGCUAUACAGCUACUCAGGUCUCGUUCGUGCGCUGCGGUCCGCCACUGCCUGGCGAGGAAAAGGUAUGACUAAAGGAUAUGUCGGCCACAGUCAAGCGGCGCGCCUCCUCCGGGCCCCACCACCAACAACCGCAGCAGCAGCAACAGCAGCUGGAGCAACGUGCACGCAGUCAAAGCAUGUCGCUGGCAGGCGGCUUCAUCGAUAGCUGGCGCAACAAAAUGCAUUUCCUACGCCCACGCUCCGGUGCUGACAAUGCGCAUCAGCGACAGCCGCUCAUG